AUGUUCCUGAUUGGUCAGCGAAAGAGCCCAACUUCUGACAUUGUUUUCUGCAGCACAGAGUAUAUUCAAAAGCGGAGAGAAGUUUCUGUGUUUUUAUUUCAUUGCUUUCAGUUCAAUAAAACAGUUGUUUCAUCUGCACCUAAAGUGUAUGGCACAAUUUUCUUAAGAAUUAGGGGAACAAGGUGCCUACAGUUACAGGAACGUUUCAGUUCCUUUCAGUCAUUCCUGGGUUUUUCUUUAUUUUAUAAGGAGGUUGAAGAAGGAAGAUGUGAUAAAGAAGAAAGCAACACCAUUGAUUUUUUUUUUUUAAGAAAUGGUAUAUAUAUGUGUGUGUAUAUGUAUGUGUAUGUGUUCAGUGUAUUAUUUUGUCAUGAUCCCAACUAUCUUCUGUCCACCAAAGUUUGCAGUAAUAUUCUCUCCUGA